ACUAUAUCGUGAAAAUUGUACAUUACAAGAAGAGAAAGAAGAGAAGUUAGCUUAUAAAAUUGCUAUAGGGAGGAUUUUUGUUCUACUCGAGGAUCUCAUGUACUCGCCUGUGGAUCUUAAUUACAUUCACGAUCAUGAUGGCCCUUGAGAAUUCAGAAAAUAUGCAAAUUUCCUGCGAGGCAUCUCUAAAGUGCCUCCAGGGAAAGGGACCCCCUUUCACUUUUCAGUGUAGUGGGAGUUCUAUGGAAGGAUUUCCGGAGCUUACAAAUGAGUCUGGUACUCAUUCAGCUGGGAAUGUUCCUGAAUCUAACCGUCGUUUAGGCAGUGAGUUUCUUGAGCACUCCAAUGAAUUUCACAGUAAACCUGCCUUUCACCAUGAUUACAGUGCCUGGACAGCCUGCCAUUUUAACCCUCAUAAGCUGCAGCAGUGUCAAAUGAAUGCUUUUGAGAACCACUUUUAUCCUUAUCCUGUUGAGAACCAACUCCAGUAUGUUCCAAUUAAUAUGCUAUCUCAGGGUUACUCGCGUGAGCAAUUUCAAGAAUUUCAGUAUUUUGUGGUCAUAGACUUUGAGGCAACCUGUGAUAAGGAUAAAAAUCCCCAUCCUCAAGAAAUAAUUGAGUUUCCAUCUGUCAUAGUGAGUAGUGUCACCGGUCAGCUGGAAGCAUGUUUCCAAACAUAUGUGAAGCCUACCUGCAAUCAGCUUUUGAGUGACUUCUGCAAGGAUCUGACUGGUAUCCAGCAAAUUCAGGUGGACAGAGGUGUUACAUUGAGUGAGGCUCUCCUGAGGCAUGACAAGUGGCUCGAGAAAAAGGGAAUAAAGAACGCCAACUUUGCUGUGGUUACAUGGUCUAGCUGGGACUGUCGUGUGAUGCUUGAAUCUGAGUGCCGUUUCAAGAAAAUACGGAAGCCACCUUAUUUCAAUCGCUGGAUCAACUUGAGGAUUCCUUUCAGUGAGGUAUUUGGUGAUGUGAAGUGCAAUCUAAAGGAAGCUGUUGAGAUAGCCGGCUUGGCCUGGCAGGGUCGUCCUCAUUGUGGAUUAGAUGAUGCCAAAAAUACUGCUCGCCUGCUGGCACUUCUCAUGCACAGAGGUUUUAAGUUUUCCAUUACCAACUCCAUUUUGUGGCAGACGGCUGAUCGAUCACUGAUCUGGAAGCAGUCUCAAGAACAGCAAAAUAUUUACCCUCACUGCCCCUACAAAGCAAGGGAUAUGAUUCAUAUGAACACCCCAGUCCCAGUGAUUCAGUAUCACCCUUGCUGUUUUUGUGGGGUGAAAAGCAGUAGGGCCAUGAUCAGAAAGCCAGGGCCUAAGCAAGGGAGCCUUUUCUUUGGAUGUGGAAAUUGGACUACAACUAGAGGUGCGCGCUGCCAUUACUUUGAAUGGGCGUCGACCUAAUUUAAGGGCACCUUUUGAUCUACUAUGAUCAAAUUUCAAGUUUUUUUAUAUAUGUAAAAAAAUGAAGAAGAGGAAAUGGCUUAUGUUGUCUCUAGUGGGAAGCAUGUACUCAUGGCCUGUUUGAUGAGGUUGUGCUUCAGUGUAGAAAAUUUUAGUUGGGUCAAUGGCUCGUUACUGUGACUGCUAAAUAUCAAUAGCAGUCUUGUUGAGGAGAGAAGGAGCUCCGACCUGUAAAGCUGACUUGUUGACUGGAGAAUCAGUUGACUGGAGAAUCAUUGGGAGUGUGAGAAAUGGGUAGUUAGGAUUGAUGCUUUUACAUGCUAAGGCAUGGUAAGUUAUCGUUUAAAAUAAACCAUGGUAUAGGACUCUGUUUCCUUUGCUUCUAAUGGGAAUCGAUAUAAUUUCCCGUGGCCA